CCAUUAAACAUUACGGUCUCGUCGACAUCCGUUAGCAGUGAGGAAAAGAAUCGAAAAAAAAACUGAAAAAAUAUAUUUGUCUUGUCUAUACCACAUAAAAAUAACUAUAAGACGUGCAUUAAAUUUUUAAUUUAUUAUCAAGUAGAAAAUGUAUGAAAUAACAACGAAGUAAUAGAAAAAAUAAUUGGAUAAAAAGAUGAAGUGAAAUUUGUUAAGCAGAAUACAAAGUGCAUAAUUAAAAUAGAUAAGUAAACGAAUCAAAAAAUAAAUUCGACAGCCUAAAAAGACCCUCAACGAAUGUACUUAUACACAAGUUAAUUAAGUUUAACAACUGACCUUAAGAUUUUUUUUUAUUAUUACUGCUCUUUAAUAAAAAAAAAUAAUAUAAACAUGACUUCGUUGUCAUUAAAUUUAAUGCGUGUAACCUGUAAUACAAACACGUUAACAGCUCUUGCUGUUACUAGCAGAUAUUCGGUUAGAGCAACUUCAUCAUCAUCAUCGUCGUCGUCAACGACAUCAUCAUCCAAUUUGUUUAAACAAACUAAACGUCAAAAUUCCUCUGCCACCGCCGAUGCUGCCGAGGUCACUGCUUGUCCUCAUUUUGCUUUUAAUACGGCAGAACCAACGUCUGCCAUUCAUCAUACAGUUGAAUGGCAAAAUGCUUUACCGUAUCAUGAAAUACCUGGACCAAAACCUAUACCAAUAUUGGGCAACACUUGGAGAAUGAUGCCCAUUAUUGGCCAAUACACCAUAGGAGAUGUUGCCAAAAUCUCCUCUCAACUACAUGAACAAUAUGGACAAAUUGUACGUUUUAGUGGUUUGAUAGGAAGGCCGGAUUUGUUAUUCAUAUACGAUGUAGAUGAAAUUGAGAAAUGUUAUCGCAACGAAGGACCCACACCAUUUCGUCCCUCUAUGCCGAGUUUAGUAAAGUAUAAAGGUGUAGUACGUAAAGAUUUCUUUGGUGAUCUUGGUGGAGUAGUGGGAGUACAUGGUGAGCCCUGGCGUGAGUUUAGAUCAAGAGUACAAAAACCUGUUUUACAAUUGUCAACCAUACGUCGUUAUUUACAACCAUUGGAGGUGGUUACUGAUGAUUUCCUGCAGCGUUGUGAAUCUUUAUUAGAUGCAAAUUCUGAACUGCCUGAUGAUUUUGACAAUGAAAUUCAUAAAUGGUCUUUGGAAUGUAUUGGACGUGUUGCUUUGGAUACACGUUUGGGUUGUUUAGAACCGAAUUUAACGCCAGACUCUGAACCGCAACAAAUAAUUGAUGCUGCUAAAUAUGCGUUACGUAAUGUAGCAACAUUGGAAUUAAAGGCACCCUAUUGGAGAUAUUUUCCCACACCAUUGUGGUCACGUUAUGUCAAAAAUAUGAAUUUCUUUGUGGAAGUUUGUAUGAAAUAUAUAAAAUCAGCAACAGAAAAUUUAAAAAUUAAGGGACCUUGUACAAAUGGUGAACCUUCACUAUUGGAAAAGGUGAUUCUAUCACAGAAAGAUGAAAAAAUUGCCACUAUUAUGGCCUUGGAUUUGAUAUUAGUGGGUAUAGAUACGAUUUCUAUGGCUGUUUGCUCAAUGCUUUAUCAAUUGGCUACACGACCAGAGGAACAGCAAAAGAUACAUGAAGAAAUGAAAAGAUUAAUGCCAGAUCCUAAUCAACCCUUAACCAUACAACUAUUGGAUCAAAUGCACCAUCUAAAAGCCUUCAUCAGAGAAGUGUUUCGUAUGUACAGCACCGUUAUAGGUAAUGGUAGAACUCUGCAAGAGGAUACGGUGAUAUGUGGUUAUCGAGUGCCAAAAGGCAUUCAAGCCGUCUUUCCCACCAUAGUCACUGGUAAUAUGGAAGAGUACGUUUCAGACGCUGCCACCUUUAAGCCAGAGAGAUGGCUUAAGCCUAGUCAGGGUGGCGUUGAAGGCAAAUUACAUCCUUUUGCAUCCUUACCCUAUGGUUAUGGAGCUCGUAUGUGUUUGGGCAGACGUUUUGCCGAUUUGGAAAUGCAAAUUUUAUUAUCAAAACUUUUGCGUUCCUAUAAAUUAGAAUAUGAACAUGAACCAUUAGAUUACGCCGUAACAUUUAUGUAUGCUCCUGAUGGCCCUUUAAAAUUUAAAAUGACUAAGUAUUAGAUAUUAAUUAUAAUUUAAAUAUAGGAUAUUAAGCUAAUUUUUAUACUCAACUUUAUAGCGAAUAUAAAUAAAAUUACGAUAAAUAUUUUA